ACCACUCCAAAGCAGACGGUGGCAGCAAAGUGCUCUGUCAAAGGAAUGUGUAGAAGAAGAAUAGAGGCGUGGCUUUGAAGGCCAAAAGAAACCCAACUUCUAAUCGUACGGAGUUAAACCUGUCUGUGGUUACCGGGAAGCUGGUUGGGAAGGUCAUGGCCUACUCGAGCUACAGCAACCUGAGCAGGGCUCAACUUACCUUUGAGUACCUGCAUACAAACUCGACAACACACGAGUUCUUAUUUGGAGCUUUGGCAGAGCUUGUGGACAAUUCGAGAGAUGCCAAUGCCACACGAAUUGACAUUUACACAGAGAAAAGGCCUGAUCUGCGGGGUGGCUACAUGCUGUGUUUUCUUGAUGAUGGAAUUGGAAUGGAGCCAAACGAGGCAACGCACGUGAUCCAAUUUGGAAAGUCGAGCAAACGAUCUCCUGAGUCCACACAGAUUGGCCAAUACGGAAAUGGACUGAAAUCGGGAUCCAUGCGAAUUGGCAAAGACUUCAUUCUGUUUACCAAAAAGGCCAACAGUCUUACCUGUCUUUUUUUAUCGAGGACUUUCCAUGAAGAGGAAGGUCUUGAUGAGGUAAUCGUUCCUCUGCCAUCGUGGGAUUUGGCAACCAAAGAGCCGCUGACGUCCGAUCCAGAGAAAUACGCCAUUGAGACCGAGCUGAUAUUCAAAUACUCACCUUUUAAAAGUGAACAAGAGUUGAUGGAGCAGUUCAGCAAAAUUGAAAGUAUCAGUGGUACCCUGGUGAUCAUCUAUAAUCUGAAGCUGAUGGACAACAGAGAACCAGAGCUAGAUAUAGAGACUGAUCACCAGGACAUACUGAUGGCCGGAGUGCUUGCGGAAGGAGUGAAACCAGAGAAGAGCUCGUUCAGAGCAUACGCUGCUGUGUUGUACAUUGAUCCCCGCAUGAGGAUUUUUAUUCAGGGGCAUAAAGUGAGGACCAAGAGGUUGUCCUGCUGUCUUUAUAAACCACGGGUUUAUAAGUACUCAUCUACUCGUUUUAAAACGCGAGCUGACCAGGAAGUCAAGAAAGCAGAUCACCUAGCUAAAAUUGCGGAGGACAAAGCUAGAGAGGCAGAAAGUAAGAGUUUAGCCAUGGAGGCAAGACUUGGAGAGGAUGUGUCUAAAGAUUCUCGAACGAUCCUGAGAAAGGUCCAGGAUUCAGCCAUGAUGCUUAGACGGGAUGCUGACAUGAAAAAAAGAAUUCUAGAGUCCAAACAGAAAGCCUUAAAGGAGCCCAAGGAGUUGAACUUUAUCUUUGGGGUGAACAUUGAACAGAGAGACCUGGACGGGAUGUUUGUGUACAACUGCUCUCGUCUUAUCAAGAUGUACGAAAAGACGGGUCCUCAGUUGGAUGGAGGCAUGGCCUGUGGAGGUGUUGUCGGCGUGGUGGAUGUCCCAUAUUUAGUUCUCGAGCCGACUCACAACAAGCAAGACUUUGCAGACGCUAAAGAGUAUCGACAUUUGCUGAAGUCCAUGGGGGAACAUCUGGCUCAGUACUGGAAGGACACCAGCAUUGCUCAGAAAGGCAUCGUGAAGUUCUGGGAUGAGUUUGGAUACCUGUCUGCCAGCUGGUCUGCACCUCCGUCUUCGGAGGCAAGAUAUAAGAGACGCCGAGCCAUGGAGAUCCCGACUACCAUUCAGUGUGACAAAUGCUUAAAAUGGAGAACGCUUCCGUUCCAGAUGGAUGCUGUCGACAAACGCUACCCAGACAGCUGGGUGUGUCUUAUGAACCCAGAUAGCACCCAGGACAGAUGUGACGCUGCUGAAAAGAAGCCCAACUUGCCCUGCGGAGUCCUGAAAAAAGAAAAGCAGACAGCUGAAGACAAACAAAAAGAGCUUGCAGAAAAAAUCAAACAGCAGCAGGAUAAACUGGAUGCCUUGCAGAAAACCACUACAAUCAAAUCUGCGGCAGACAUAAAGAAGUUGCCAAUGGAUGUUAGCAUGAAGCCUGCAACAGAGAGCACUGCUAAGGCGAGUCGGUCUUCCGAGAGGUCUGUAACACGUCCACGAUCACCCCCGUUGCCAGCUCACCUCAAGGUGCCGCACAGUGCUCCCCCACCCCGUACCGCCUCUCAACGUCCUACCCGGACACCCGCCCCUUCUCCUGCUCCACCUAAGGUUGAACCAACCAGGUCCAAAGCUACAGCAAAGCCUACAGCCAGACCUUCCUCCAAAACACCCCCACCAAGCCGCACUUCAAGGUCCCUCACCAAAUCAUCAGCCAAAGCUGCAGCUGCUGGACAACGUAAGAGAAUAAUUUUAGAGGAGGACAGUGAAGAAGAGGACGACGAGGAGGAAGAAGAAGAAGAAGACGACGACGAAGAAGAAGAAACUGGGGAGAGUGAAGAAGAGGAACCCCAGACGAAGAAGUCAAAGAUGGUUGCUGCAGCUGUUAACAGGGGAAAAGUGGCGGAGAAGGCCCCACUUGCCAAGCGUGGCAAGUUAGACGAGGUUAACACAUACUCACAGACUGGAAAGAAAGGAGUUGCUACUCCUUCACGCCAGACCCCUGUUGCUAAACCCAAGCAGGCACCCGAGAAGGUGCCCCAGAAGGCGCCGGAGAAGUUGACAGAGAAAGCACCGGAGAAAUUGUCAGAAAAGGCACCAGUGAAGGCGCAACAGCAGGAGCCGGAGAAUGAUAUUCGGAAUGCUCAGAAAGAUAAGGGACUGUUAGUUGAAGUCCGUGUCAAUAAAGAGUGGUUCACAGGAAAAGUCAUUGCUGUAGAGACCAAUAAACAGAGCGUUCGCUGGAAAGUCAAGUUUGACUAUGUCCCUCGAGCCACCCCGAAGGACAGAUGGGUGUUUAAGGGCAGUGAUGAAGUCCGCCUGAUGCGCCCACCGUCUCCCAUCUCCCAGACGCCUGACACUCAGCAGGAGACUGAGAAAGCAUCUGCAGCCAUGGAGCCAGAUACUACACAACCUGGCACCAGUCGAGAAGUUACCGAGAGCUUGGUCACCAUGUUAAGGACGAUGCUGCGUUACUUCUUCCCUCCUGCUUUUCAGAUUCCUAAGGAUGAUGUAAACAGCAUGACGGCAGAGGAGUUGGUAGCCUUUCCUCUGAAAGAGUAUUUCCAUCAGUACGAAUCAGGUCUCCAGUCGCUGUGCAAUUCGUACCAGAGCAGAGCGGAUGCCAAGGCCAAAGCUGUGGAAGAGAAAAGCAACAGUACAGAGAUGAAACUGAAGGAAGCAGAUGAGAAACUCCAAAAACUGCGAACCAACAUUGUUUCUCUUCUGCAAAAAGUUCAAGAGGAUAUCGACAUCAACACAGAUGAUGAACUUGAUGCAUACAUCGAGGACCUUCUCACCAAAGGAGAUUAAACGGGAUGGACAGCAGCUAUCGACAAGAAGGAAAGAGACAUGCACAUAAAACGACUGGCAGCCGUGUUGCUGACAUCUAUCGGGCACUGUGUGAAAAGCAUCAUGAAUUUAUUGGGGGGGGGGUCCUCAUGGUUAAACAUUCUCCAUUUUUUCAUUUAGCAGUAAGCGCACACUCAGUGCCGGUGUUUCUUUUUGUUGUUAUUUCUGUUUUUAUAUUAUUGGCAGCCCUUUAGCAUGUGGAUUUUGUUUUAGUAUUUUUAUAUACGUACCUGCUUCUACCGUAACUGUUAAUCAGUUCUCACGCAACCUAUCUUACUUUGUAGGUGUAGUAUGGUUUAGGUCCCAGUGACAAAACUGCAGGUCUUUAUUUUGCGCCAUUGUCAGGUGAGACAUUAACACCAAGUAUUUUAAGAGCUUGGGUUGACUGCCUCACAUUCUUUACUGCUGUCUAUAUGUAAACGUUAACUAUUAUUUUGUACACUCGAAGUUAUCGGUGUCAGUCAUCAUAUUGCCCCAUCCUGGCCAGCUUGGAGUAAGGUGUCUAUUACACUAAAAAAUUCAUACUGGGUUUUAUCAGUAUAAUUGUUCUGUUUGGUUUUGAAGAAGAAAAAAAACUCAAUUUAAUGCUUUAGUGUUCCUACUCAUUCAUUAUCUAUUACCUGUUUUUCUGUUCGAACAUAUUUUACCAUGUCAAGAAAAUGUUUUACCUAACUGCAUGAUUUAGUGUUAAACUGGAAGAAAUGUUUCAGUAUUUUUGAAAAAUCUUUACAUAAACAAUAAAACAGGUUCAACAUUC